UUGCCUUCGGAAACUUCGUUUGCCGAUUUCCAAAGUAUGCGAGUUGACCAGUCAUAGUACGAAUCUCGAACAAAAGAAGGAAAGACCCAAUUGCGUCUAGUCUCGGCCCUCGGUUUUCUCAUUUCCGCUCUCCCACUCGCCGAGAGCCUUUCGAAAGUCUCUUCCUUUUGAGAUCACCCGAAGCGAGCUCGUCGAUCCGAUCAUGGCGUCUAAAGAGUACUUGGGCAAGAUGGAGCUCCGGCAGAGCUACCGAAAUUUGUGGCACACCGAUCUCAUGAGCACCAUCCAGGCCGAUUUCCCUUACUGCUGCCUGGCGCUUUGGUGUGGGCCCUGUGUAUCCUACAUGCUUCGUAAAAGAGCUCUUUAUAAUGACAUGUCGAGGUACGUCUGCUGUGCUGGUUAUAUGCCAUGUAGUGGCAGGUGUGGGGAAAGCCGGUGCCCAGAAUUUUGCCUUGCGACUGAGGUUUUCCUUUGCUUUUCAAAUUCAGUUGCCUCCACCCGAUUCAUGCUGCAAGACGAGUUCAAUAUACAGACCACUCAAUGUGACAACUGCAUCAUUGGUUUCAUGUUUUGCUUGAGCCAACUUGCCUGUAUAUUCUCCAUUGUUGCAAUGAUUGUUGGUAGUGAUGAACUUUCAGAAGCUUCACAGAUACUCAACUGUGCAUCUGACCUCGUCUACUGCACGGUCUGUGCAUGCAUGCAGACGCAGCACAAGAUUGAAAUGGACAAGAGAGAUGGAAAAUUUGGGCCACCAUCAAUGAUGACUGCGCCCCCUGUCCAGCAAAUGUCUCGAAUUGAUCAGCCAAUUCCUCCUCAAGUUGGGUAUCCAUCACAACCUGCGUAUGGUCAGCCAUAUGGUUAUCCUCCACCGGGCCAAGCUCAGGGCUAUCCUCCGCCUGCAUACCCGCAGGCUGGUGCUUAUCCCCCUCGAGAGUACCCUCCUGCUGGUUAUCACAAGUAAAUGACAGAUUGUUUGUCCAGGAGCUCGUGAGUACUUGUUCUGAGACCAAGUAGGAUUUGUGAAAAUCUAGGAUCUCAUUUUGGUCUUUUUCGCGAUGUUGAACAUUGUCUCAUCAGGCUUGUGGUUUAUUCACUGUGUUUUCAGUCUAAAAGUAUGCAACUCUUAGUGUGGGUAUGUUGGUUGUCUAUAGAGCAUGGAUAUAUGUCAUAUUUGUUGUUUCUUGGUAACACAAAUUAUGGAGGAAAGUAAAUCAGUUGAUUUGCUAUGAGAACGUUCUGGGGCUAAUUUGAAUAGCUUGGAUAUUGCCUGCU